AUGUUUGGCAGCAGUCAAUUUACGUUUGGAAGUUCUACUCCUUCAAAUCCUUUUGGUACUCAGCCCACUGCUGUUGCAGCAUCAACUCAAUCAAACAAUAACUUCAUGUUUGGUGGAGCAACUGCUAAUAAUGCCGUUCGCGCUCCAUUAAAUUCCACCUUUAGUUUUGGUACCGCAUCAACAGCCAGUCAACCAUUAUCAUUUGGUAGCGCGUUAAAUACAACUUCAUCAAUUCGUCCAUUCGGUGCUACGUCAGCCUUCGGUACAUUAAAUUCAGUCUCCUCAUCAACAACAGCACCGACAUCGACAGGUUUCGGAACUGGACAGUUAUUUGGAAGUACACCUCAGCAAACACCACAGCCCUCAACAUUAUUUGGCGGAAGUAGUGUAACACCAGCAUUCGGCAAUCCCAUGCCAACUGCAACAUCAAAUAUUUUUGGCUCUACGAUGACGACAUCAACAACCACACAGACGGGAACAACAGUUAAGUUCGAUGCACUCUCUGGCACAGACACAAUGCGUACAAAAAAUAAUACGUUUGCAACAAUCAAUACAAAAUUACAAUGUAUUACAUCAAUGAAAGAAUAUCUAAAUAAAUCAAUGGAAGAAUUACGCUACGAAGACU